CGCGCAGAAAUACAGACAGCGAGAGAGAGACCGACAGAUAAACACAGAUCCAAAGACAUGGAACAGUGUCUGCGGAGGAGGGGGGGUCCGUAUAAAACAGCGGCAGCGACGGACCUGAGCCGCUGGAGACUGAGUAACGUGGAGGGAAGACAGAGCUGGAGCUUCGUGGACCAGCGAGACGCCAGGCCACAGACAAUGCUGGAGCUGCACUCACUGGGACUGGACACCAGCCGGUUUGUGGGGAUCUCAGCUGCUGCUCGCUCCGCACAGGAGGCCGUGCUAAAGGGGUUGAGGUUUUAUGCCCCUCUCCAGGCCGAGGAUGGCCACUGGGCUGGCGACUACGGAGGGCCCCUCUUCCUGUUGCCAGGGCUCCUCAUUGCCUGCCAUGUGACGGGGGCUGGGCUGGCGGACUCUCAGAGACAGGAGAUGGUGAGGUACCUGCGUUCGGUACAGCUCCUGGACGGAGGCUGGGGAUUACAUGUUGAGGACAGCAGCACGGUGCUGGGUACGGCUCUAAACUACACGUCGCUGCGACUGCUCGGGGUGGGGGCUGACGACCCUGAUCUGGUUCGGGCCCGGAACAAUCUUCACACCAAAGGAGGUGCGGUGGGCAUCCCAUCUUGGGGCAAGUUCUGGUUAGCUGUCCUCAACGUCUACAGCUGGGAGGGGCUCAACAGCCUGUUUCCUGAGAUGUGGCUGCUCCCACGCUGGAUGCCCGCCCAUCCAUCCACUCUGUGGUGUCAUUGUCGCCAGGUUUACCUGCCCAUGAGUUACUGCUUUGCCGUCCGGCUUACAGCACAGGAGGACACACUCAUCCACAGCCUUCGCCAGGAGUUGUAUGUGCAGGAUUACUGCAGUAUUGACUGGCCGGCCCAGAGGAACAAUGUGGCCCCGUGUGACCUGUAUACACCACACAGCUGGUUACUGAACACUGCGUACGCCGUGCUGAAUGUAUAUGAGGAUCAUCACAGUGAGCGGCUUCGAUGCUGGGCCAUCACCGAGGUCUACGAUCACAUCACCGCGGACGACAGAUUCACCAAGUGCAUCAGCAUUGGCCCGAUCUCGAAGACCAUUAACAUGCUGGUUCGCUGGAGUGUGGACGGGCCUCAAUCAGCUGCCUUCCAGCAGCAUGUGGAGCGGAUCACAGACUACCUCUGGCUCGGAGUCGAUGGAAUGAAGAUGCAGGGGACGAAUGGCUCUCAGCUGUGGGACACAGCAUUCACCGUCCAGGCCUUCUUGGAGGCCGGUGCUCAGAAUUGCCCAGAAUUCACCACCAGCCUCACGCUUGCCCAUCAGUAUCUGCGCAUCACACAGGUGCAGGAAGCCCCCCCUGACUACGAUAAGUAUUACCGGCAGUUGAACAAGGGCGGAUUCUCGUUCAGCACGCGGGACUGUGGCUGGGUGGUGGCUGACUGCACGGCCGAGGCCCUGAAGUCAUUGCUGUUGCUUCAGGAAACAUGUCCGUUCAUCAGUGACCAUGUCAUCGACCAGCAGCUGCACCAGGCCGUCCAUGUGUUACUAACGAUGAGAAAUACAGAUGGCGGCUUCUCUACGUAUGAGAGAAAACGGGGGGGGCGGCUGCUCGAACUACUGAACCCCUCCGAGGUCUUCGGUGAUAUAAUGAUUGACUACACGUAUGUGGAGUGCACGUCGGCUGUGAUUCAGGCACUCAGACAUUUCCAGCAGAAACACCCCCACCACCGAGCCUUCGAAAUCAGAGACACACUGAACAAAGGCCUGGAAUUCUGCCGUGGCUGCCAGCGGCCGGAUGGAUCAUGGGAAGGGAGUUGGGGUGUGUGUUUCACUUACGGAACCUGGUUUGGGAUGGAGGCGUUUGCCUGUAUGGGACACACGUACCAGAGAGGGGCUGCCUGUCGAGAGAUAACCCGAGCGUGUGAGUUCCUGCUCUCAAAACAGAUGGUGGACGGGGGUUGGGGCGAAGACUUUGAGUCCUGUGAGAGUCGACAGUACGUGCAGAGCAGCUCCUCCCAAGUCCACAACACCUGCUGGGCCCUGCUUGCACUGAUGGCAGCCAGAUAUCCCGGGACCCGGGCGAUCGAGAAAGGCAUCAAAACCCUGAUAAACAAACAACAGCUGAAUGGAGACUGGCCUCAGGAGAACAUCGCCGGUGUCUUCAACAAGUCCUGUGCCAUCAGCUACUCUGCAUAUCGCAACAUCUUCCCCAUUUGGACCCUCGGCCGCUUUGCAAGACUCUACCCCAACAGCGAUCUGGCCGGCAAACUUCAGCUGUGAUCAGCGCGGAGGGACUGGGGGGUGACGCUGGACGGGUGGUGGCAGGGAUGGGCUGGGGUGAUGGGGGUGGGGUGGUAAUGAGCCAGGGUGAUGGUGGCGGGUUGAUGAUGGGGAUGUCGUAAGAAGAUUAGAUUAAACAGCUUUGAGCUGCGAUUGACCAAACUAGUUCUAUCAUUGGACAAACCAACUUCAAACUCCACCUCUGUAACCAAUCUUCACGAGUAUAGACUUUGUGUAUAAAGGAGUUUUGGUUGGUUUCACUGAAAUGCAGAUCGGACCAACUUCCUGCUGCUCUCCCAGGGAUAGGUCAUCUGUGCUUGUUCUCUGAAACCUGGUUGCUGCUAUAAUCACAUCAAGUGAUUGCCGUUCAAUGUUCUCUGUAUAACUGUUGAACUAAUAAAGGAAACUAUGUUUAACAUU